AUGGAGACGUACCACGGCCACGUGCGUACGCCCAGCGACGCCAUCAAGCUCUUUGAGGCGUGCCGUCUGGGGCUCCUCCCCCGAGUGCAGCGACGACUUUCGGAAAAGGAGAGGCAGUCGAUCCGCUCGGGAUCCGUCUUUGUGUGGGACGAGAGGGAGGCUGGGAUGAGGAGAUGGACCGACGGCAAGUCCUGGAGCGCCAGCCGCGUGUCCGGCAGCUUCCUCACCUACCGCGAGAUGGAGGGCAAGAGAGGGGGCGGGUUUGGGAACGGACGACGAGGGUCCGGCAAGACUCCGGACUCGGGGCGCGGGAGCGACGAGGAUCACGACGACGGCGAGCCCGAAGGCUAUCGAUACAAGGCCGACGGUCUCAUGAAGCAGUCCUUUAGCAUCACGACGUCGACCGGCCAACAUCUUCACCUCAUCUCCUACUACUCUCGCCCGCAACCCGGACAGCCGGAGCUGCCGCAGCCCAGCUCCGACCCGACCCUCCGAGCAAUCGUACCGCCCAAGGGAAUGUAUCCCGAGUCGAGCAUGGGCGACAGCAACCAAACCCCAGCCCUCACCCGCGCGCCGAUGCAGCAACCGUACCUGAUUGCCCACCACGCCCACGGCCACGCCCACGCCCACGGUCAUCAUCAUCAGCAGCAGCAGCAGCAGCAGCAGCAGGCGGCCUUCAUGCACUACAGCCAGACCGGAUACGGCUGGCCGCCGUCGCCUGCCGCCACCCCCCCGUACGCUCCAUACAACCCGGCGCCGUACCCGCCAGGACAUGCCGCCGCGCUUCCCCCCCCGCACGUUGCCCACCACCACGGGCCGCAUCACUCGGCCUACUCUCACGGCCACUACACCCACUCUCCGUCAUCACAACCUCCGUCGUACGACCGGCCUUCCCUGCCCCCUCUGCAACACUCCAAGCCUGGCUCACUGCCGCCGCCGAACCAACCAGGCCUGUCUCCGCCCCGACUCUCGGAUCCUCCCGGCUACAAGGAACGUCCAGCGGCACACGGGCCUCUUCCAGCACUCAACUCGGUUGCCGCUCCUCCUAUUCCACACCAGGCCCUGACGCCUCCCACGCGAGAGCACAGCGUCAGCCCGCCCAAAGCGGCCCAUGACAAGGCCGUGGUCAAUGUUGGCAGGUCCAGCCUAUGUGCUUUGCUGCAUCCUACCAGCUCUUCGCCCAAGAUCAAGCAGGAAAGCACGGCAAGCGGCAAUGGGAGUCCCAAAGCCAAUGGCAUCUUGCUGGACAAGUGUGGCGUUAGUGAAGACGCACGAGCCUUGAGGAUGCUCGACCGCAAAUUCUGUCUCUGA